AUGAAGGAUCUCAAGUGCAACGUCACCGUCGAUGAGAUGGGAAAUAUCUUUGCUGUUCGUCCUGGUCGGAGAGCGGAUGUACCCGCCACAUUCAUCGGCAGUCACCUCGAUACACAACCGACUGGUGGGAGAUACGAUGGUAUCCUGGGUGUGUUGGCAGGUAUGGAAGUUAUCAAGACCAUGAACGACAUGGGUCUUGAGACAGAGGGCGGAGUCGGAGUUGUCGACUGGACCAACGAGGAGGGUGCCCGAUUCCCAAUCAGUAUGAUCUCAAGUGGUGUAUGGGCCGAGUGUAUCGCAUUGGCACAUGCGCAUAAUCUUAAAGAAGUGCCGACCGUGGCAUCACUUCCCACGGCAGCAUCAGCACCUGAGACCAUGAAGAGUGCCCUACAGAAGAUUGGUUACUUGGGUGAUAUUCCGUGCUCGUACAAAUCGACACCCAUGGCCGCCCAUUUUGAAGUUCACAUCGAGCAAGGCCCGUACCUAGUAUCGGCAAACCAGCGAGUCGGAGUUGUGACAGCGGUGCAGGCCUACAGAUGGUUCCGUCUCAACGUCAUCGGUCGAGAUACACACACAGGCACCACCGCCUUUGAGCAUCGGGCAGACGCCCUCUAUGCAUUUGCCCGAAUGAUGGUGAGAGCACGGGAAGUGGCAUCUUCGAAGGGUUGCCUGGCCAGUGUUGGCAUUGUCGAGGCAAAGCCCGGCAGCGUUAACACAGUUCCUGGAGAGGUGAACUUUAGCUUGGACAUCCGUGGGCCUGAGACAGAGCUAGUGGCCGAAGUCGAGAAGGAGCUGCGCAUUGCCUUCGAUGCCAUUGCCGCCGCUGAGGGUGCUGGUAUCCACAAGCCCUGCCGCGUCGAGUGGACUCUUGAUUUCGACUCGCCUGCUGCGAAGUUCCAUGAAGAUUGCAUUGGUUGUGUGCAGCAGUCAGCUCAGGCUAUUGUGGCAGGUGCUUCUGUUGCGGAUACAAAGUCACUGGUGCGAACCAUCAUGAGUGGUGCUGGCCAUGACAGUGUCUUCACCUCCAAGCGUGUCCCAACGAGCAUGGUCUUUAUUCCAUGCAGGGAUGGUCUCAGUCAUCACCCUGAGGAGUUCUCCACAGCUGAUGAUUGCGCGACUGGAGCAUCUGUCAUUUUGCAGGCUGUGGUCCGCUAUGACCGAAAGAGAUUCUCGUGA